UUGGUGUGUAAGUGGAGCAGUGCUAGGCUUAUGUUUACUGUUCGGGGUAAUGAUUAGAAAGAUUAUUAUGAAGUUCAAUCGUGGAGGUCGAUUCGGUUCAGUGAAGUGAAUCUUGAGGAACUAAUGUGUGCAGGGUGUUUGUUAAAUACGUUAGAGUAAUUUCUUUCGGUGGUCUGUGCCUCGGCAUUCGUCAAUCAUUAUGUUGAAGAGCUGUUACCUUUAAAUACAUCAUUUUGCAGGCAGGAACCAUUCGUCUCAAGUCGGUGAUAAGAUGUUUUGUGAUUUUUCAUAAUUCAAGGAACGUGUAAUUUGACGUUUACAACCGUAUGCUCAUCGUUACUCUCGUAAUUAAAGGUUUAGGAGUAGAAAGUCUGAGCCGUUAACAUUCAUUGGUAUUUCUGUAAUCGCGAUUCUCAGAAAAGUUUAAAUGUCACAUACCCAAAUGAAAAUUCAGUUUUUUUGGAGGCACGAAGUCUGUUUUGGUUAGUGUUGAUUGCAGCACACAUCUUUACAAUAUGGAAGGAAAUAUUGAACGGGAAUUCAGUGCGCUGGGAGGUUUAUUUCAGCAAAUAAUAACGGAUAUGAAGAACGGAGCCCCGCUGUGGGAGGACCUGGUGGCCAAGGCGACCAAGCUGCACACCUGCCUGCGGGCUGCCAUCCAGGCCAUCGCCAGCUACUUGGACGCCUUCCAGAAGAUAGCGGACGCAGCCACCAACACCCGAGGGGCCACGAAGGAGAUCGGCACGGCGCUCACGCGGAUAUGCCUCAGACACAAGGCUGUCGAGGCGCGGAUGAAGACCUUCACCAGCGCCAUCAUGGACUGCCUGGUGAUCCCGCUGCAGGAGAAGCUGGAAGACUGGAAGAAGGCCGUCGUCAACCUGGACAAGGAGCACGCCAAAGAGUUCAAGCGGGCGCGCGCCGAGCUGAAGAAGCGCUCCACAGACACCCUGCGCCUGCAGAAGAAGGCGCGCAAGGGCAAGGGGGGGGAGCUGGAGCGCCGCGUGGAGAGCUGCCUCCAGGACGUGACGGAGAAGCGCCAGCUGCUGGAGCAGACGGAGAAGCAGGCCGUGCGCGCCGCGCUGGUCGAGGAGCGCAGCCGCUACUGCCUGCUGGUCGCCUUCCUGAAGCCCGUCAUGGUGAGCGAUCCCCCCGUCCCGUCACCAUCGCCAUCGCAGCGGCUCUCUCGCACUUGCCGUUCGUGCGUGUGUGUCGCCAGGACGAGGAGGGUGGCGAUGCUCUCGGAGCUGUCGCACCUGCAGGAGGCGGUGGAGCAGGUGCAGAAGCACGCGGCCGACCCCUUCGUGCUGCCCCCGGCCAGCGAGCAGGUGCUGGCGGACAUGCGGGGCGGGGAGGGGGGUUGGCAGCUGCGGUCCCCGCCGGGCAGCCCCGGCUCGCUGGGCUCCCGCAAGUCCAGCAUGUGUAGCAUCAGCAGCCUGAACAGCUCGUCGAGCGGCAGCACGCGGUCCCGCCAGCACUCGCCCAACCACCACCACUGGCACCGCUCCCUCUCGCAGCGACCUCGACAAGGAAUCGGUAUUCUACGACUAUCGAGCAUUUCGUCCCAGGACUCUGGGUUCACGUCUCAGGACGCGUUGUUUGUGCGGCCUCGCAGUGGCCACAGCGAGCUGCAGUUGCAGGCGUCGGAGCACGGGGCCGGCUCCGGGGGAACCCCGGCCGGGACGGGGGCGGGCGGAGCGCUGCCCCCCACCACCGCCACCUGGCCCAACCUGCAGGAGACGCUGCAGUUCGAGCGAGCCGCCAGCGCCAUCAUGAGCGAGCGCCCGCACACCAUCUCCUCGGCGUACGAGCACGGACACCAGCGCCCGCCGCUCACCGUGUACACGUUCCAAGCCCCGGAGGCGUGCCACUCCCAGCCGGCCAGCCCCACGGCGGGGCCCCCGGCGGGGGGCAGGGGGCCCGCGCAGAAGCAGCCGGCGGCGGCGCUGCUGGCCUGCGAGAGGCCGCCGAUCCCGGAGCGGUGCUCCUCCCUGGAGCGGCCGUCCGUGCCCCACAAGGCUCCCGCCGGGCCGCACAUGGGCGUGGCCACGCCGCUGCGCCACGUGCUGAAGGCGCAGCAACAGCAGCAGCAACAACAACAACAACAACAACAACAACAACAACAACACUCGUACCCCCACCACGUGCAUCACCACCCCGGCCACAAGGGGGAGCGACCGCAGCCGCCCAUGUACGUGAACAUGCACGAGUUGGCGAGCCUGGCGGCCAGCAAGGCCCAGGAGAUGGCCUUCCCUCCCCCUCCCCCGGAGCUGACGGCGGCCGGCCCCCCUCCCGACGCCCCGGAAAAGGCGGAGGGCCAGGAGAGAGACGGCAGCACGAGCGAGAGCUCGGUGGAGUCGUCCAGCGGCUACGGCAGCCAGACCAUGAUCCCCGCGGACGACGCCGCCCACGCAGAAGAUGUGGUGUUGAGUGUGUGUAGUUUGGGCAGCGCCGGCCAGUGUCGCACGCCGCCGCGCUCUGGGACUCCGGCCUUGCCCCCCGCUGGGCCCCCGCGCCGGCGUCCCCUCUCGGCCGCAGGCUACCCGUGCGGCGCGAUGCACAACGCGCUGCUGCGCCGGGGCUCCGUGCAGGGGCAGAAGCCGCCGCCGCCCGUCAGGCGCACGUCCUCCAUCUCGCUGCGCCAGCACCAGGCGUCGCCCAUGGCCGUGCCGGAGAACCUGCCCCCUCCCCCGGCCUUCCUGCUGGAGUCGGCGGCGGCCGGCGUGAGCGUGGCCGACACCGUGCGCACGCUCACGGAGUUGAGGCACACGCCGGCCAGCCCCGGGGCGCCGCGCCGGCGCCGCUCCGAGGACACGGGCUUCCUGCACGCCCUCGGCGCCAGGCUCGCCGCGCAGCAGCAGCAGCAGAGCAGCCGCGCCGCCAGGGUGCGCCUGUGGGCGGCCAGUCGCGCGCUGCCGGACCCCGUGCUGUGCCACGAGUCGCUCAUGGACCAGAUCAGGCGCGGCACCGCGCUGCGUCGCACGGGCGCCGUCAACGACCGCUCCGCGCCGCGCAUCCGCUGAUGUUAGGCUGACGCACGGGAGAACUCUUCAGUUUCAACACUUUCCCGUACCACGCGACGUUUCUUCUUGGUUCCUCAAACCACGUCGAAGAGGAACAAAUGAGAUCUCUUGUUUCGAAGUGACAGAAACAUCCGUGCUGUAAGACUUUCAGUUCACUUGUUCUAUAGGCUGUCGCCGAAUAUCGUACGAGACUUCAUUUCUUGCCAGGGCGAGUGUUCACUCACUUGCGUGAUCCUUCAUUCAGAAAGCUUGUGGGAUGUAAUUGACACAUAUUAUUAUACCAAUGAUGGGGAGCCGGGCUGAGAGGUUCUCAGACCUCGGUUUGAGACUGGAGUGUAGCGAGGUAGCAACAUAUUCCUAGCAAGAGUACCUACCAUUCAAGACAUUCAGUAUUAAUGUUCUGUUCAUAUGCAUAUAUAUUACGUGUAGCCUUUGCAUGUCUUUCCAUUUACUACUUGUGGACUGUUGUUGUAUGUACAUAAAUAAGUAAGUCUUGGUGUAGUCGCGUUUGUGACAGUCAUAGUUAGGUCGUAAGCGAGAAGCAGCACUUGUGUAGGUAAUAAGUAUUGUUUACAUGGAUAUAAUGGUUAUAUGGUCAGGAGUUCUGGUAUACCAGUCACCCAAGAGAGGUCAGUUCAUAACGCAAAGUUUAGUCUUUGUGCACGCAUAGAAUAUCAGCAGGAGACAAAUUCUUUUCCUCUUCAUUUUACUGAAAUUUUUUCGAUGCUAGUUACUUGAGCAUUUAAAGAGGUUUGCGUGUGAUCUAUUCUCAAAUAUUUGGUGUACAGUUCACAGUUUCCCCCCCACGCCAGGAAAUUUCACAAACUAUGUUCUAGACAUCUUUCUAGUUUUGUCUGUUGAAACUUAAUGAUUGUCAAGUAGUUCUAUAACUGCCUAUUGUGUUCUGUUUCAUUCAUCGAAUUAAUCUACAUAUUGGGAAAUAAUUUCAUUGAAUUCUGACAAUCACAGGAUACAUUUAUAUAUUUAUUUCAAUAAAUAUCUUGUUAAGAAACGUCUUCAGGUCCUGAAGUCCAGCUGUUGCCAUACGACCUCUCUUCUUAUCUGUAGCUGCCAACAUGCACCUGGGAACUUAAAUCCUUAAGGUCCUAUCUUUCUAGCAUACAUACACCUAUAGAUCGCUUCUCUCAUCUUUCUCUCUCUCUCUCUCUUGACUGGUGGCAAUGCAAGUGUAAGAUGUGUGAGGUAGACUGUGAUUGGUCAACAUAGCAAUUAAGGCCCUUGUGGUGGCUGGUAGUUACACAUCUUCCCACUGAAGUGAGUGUAGCAAAUGUUAUUCAGUGCUGAAACUACUAUCAAUGUUACGUCAACCAAAGAUAAAGAAAAAUAUAACCUAAAUUUUUUAGUUUAUGAUUAAUGUUAAUGUCUUUCUUUUUUGUAAACCAGUUUAUUUUAAGUAGAGUUACGUAGCUUGAACAUUAUUAAUGGAUAAUAUGGGUAAUGUUUUCUUGUAUUCAAACAACCCGUUUUUGUGAGCUCUGUCAGUACUAAGUAAAGAGCUAUUUAAUAAAAUAAAAAAAAAUUUAUUUCCAGAUUUUGAGUGGAAAUAACUGUGCUACCGUAGUGUCUGGCAUAUAAGACGAAUGUCACCUCUUCAGUAAUGACGGUUUGAAAAUAUAAUUUGGCACAAUUACAUAAGAUGGUCCAAGGAAUAGAAGUAUCACAGCUUUUAUUAUACACGUGCAGGGUGAAGAAAUUUGGUUAGCAAUGUAUGAGGGAAUAAUGAUAAGACUUGUUUUGCUCGCUGUUCGACUAGAGUCCGGAGCUGGGCAGCAGUGAUGGCGGGAAAGUGCUCUAGCAGAGAGACAAGGGUAGCUUAUUGACCACAGUUCCGUUAAACAAAUAAAAGACUGCAGAUCAGUUUCCACUGGCUUGGUUUUAAAUGCUGCAGCACAAGUGGAGGUUGUGAAGCAUAAAUACGAGGGUUCAUAAAGACUCGGAACUUGUCAUUCCGUUCUAAAAUAACUCUUCCUCAUUAUCCUGUGUGCGAAAGUGACGUAAGCACCAUCACGCAGUACAACCUGUGAUGAAGUAAGGCUAGUAGCAGCUUUAAGCUAAAUUCUCACCUUAUAUGCCGGUAAUUACUGUACUUUUAAACUUGCCGUUCAGUACUGAGGUAUUGGGAAAUCAACGUGUUUGAAGUGUGUAUGCAUCACUUUUUGCUGUUAGUUUGCGUGUGUUUUUGUGGGUUUAUGGUAUCGGGAGUAAUUUAUUGGCAACUUAAGAGAGUUCUUUAUUUAUUUUUUUACUUCAGUGUGUUUACAUAAGUAGGUGGCAGCUAGGAGGCAGUUCACAUUUGUUACUGUUGUUUCACUUAGAACAGGACUGAGGGCUGGUCUGAUUUUUGCAUAAUAUUAUGAAUUAGUGUAAGAAAAAUUAAAUAAAUUGCUUCCCACAAACCAUUUCCCCUAUCCCUCGUGUAAGCAGGUAGGAUGUAACUAUGCGAAAGGUUAUCGUAGCACCCUUGAAUUUAUAGUACUUAUUUUGUCUGUGGUACAGUAGACUCCCAAUUAGCUGCAGUAAUGGCUGGCUAGGGGUCCUUGGAUAACCAAAAUGCUCUUAGUCAUAAAAAAAACUUUUCAUUUUGAAACAAAUGUUUAUCCCAACUAUCUAGACAAACACUGUAUAAGGUUGAACGUAAUAGGUAUUAUUGUUAGACAUAUUUUACAAAAAAAAAUGUUGCAAUAUGUACAUACCAAAAUAUGGCCAUAUUUUACGGUGUCAUAUUUUAUGUCUAACUUGUCAAUAAUUUUCAAUUUUUGUGGAAUGUCAAGUACCACUUGUUUGCCUUUAUUAUUAGACAAAACUUUCCUUGAAGCAACGCAGGCCAAUCACUCUCGUGAGAGGGUCGUAACAAUGGUGUUUCGCUGUAUUCUGUUAAAAAUUUGUUUCAGUGUAAUUUUUAUUCUUGAGAAGGAAAUACAAUCCAAAGGUAAUUUAUAAAAGUUAUAGCAAAAAUCAGACAGCAAUAUAUAUGUAUAUAUUUUGUGCCUUUUCCUUGCCCUUUCAGUAAAUUUAAUGUGAGAGAUGAAUGUGCAAAGUAGAUUAUUAAAACACCAAAGCUUUAUUUUUUCAGACACAGUUUCAGAGUGGGUUGAUUCAUCUCUCUGUUUUUGUCCUCCAGAUUCAACAUUUGUUUGACUGAAAUAUAAAUAUUUCCAAGGGUCUGGGUAUUGUAGAAGAAAAAUUAUAAAUGAGGACUUUUUCCAGAUACGUAUGUAUAAAAUUAAUUGAGUGCAGUAACGUAAAGAUACAGUUGCAUUGUAUCCACGUUUUGUGUCUACGUAUUUCUUAUAUUGUGUAUUUAAUGAGUUUGGCAAUGUAUCCUCUUCCUCCCAUUUUCAGUAUUGUGUGUGUUUAAGUGAUUUAAGAUGACUUUACACUUGUAAGCAACUACUUAAUAUAAUUGUGUGUAAGCUUGACGGGUGAAUAAGUGAUCCAUGGAGCGUGAUAAACCAAGGCAGGUUGAAGCUGUGUACAAAUUAACUUGCAUGUUUUAAAACUUUAAAAAAAUGUAAUGUUUUGAUCUGGUUUAUUGGCUUUACUUGAAAACCAAAAGGAAAAUGCUUUUAUUUUUACAUGAACUCAAUCUGUUUGCAUACUGGAGAAAGCUAAAACUAUAUUCUUCAAUGUGUAUAUAUUUACUAAUGUAGCUUAGGAAAAUGGAAGACUGAUAUGAUAGUCAAUAUUAAUUUAAGAAAAACUGUUCAAAAUAAUUGCAUUUUGUUAAUCAAGAUUAACUUGGCUCAAGUUUGCACGUAUAGGUAUGUUUUGUACAUUGUAAUCGUUUAGAGCAGACGAUGUUGGAAUGAAUAGCGAAAUUUAAUUUUGCUUAAUAGACUUUCCCAGCAAAGCUGACAUUUGUGGCUUGAGUUGCGAGGGCUAGAAAUAUUUAGGGGGGGGGGGGGGGGGGGAAGUUUUUCGUAUUAGUGAUGUGCAUGCAGAUAACCUAAAUUUUCACUCCUAGUUUAUGUCCAUGACUAUCUUAAAACACAAUCUGUUUAAAUGUGACUGUUACCUAUUCAUGUUCCAAAAAAUUAUAGCAUUUGGCCUGGUUAGGACAAAAAUAACUAAACUGUUAUCUUCACUGUCAGUUUCUUACACAGACUAACUGAAUUUAAUAUUUGAGUUUUUAAAUAUUAGGAAUGUAUUAUAACAGUACUGAAAGUAAUUUGAAAUUAGGUUAUCUAUCUUACAAAAUAUAUAUGUGAAAGAAAAAAAAAGGUGUCGGUAUUUGACCAUUUUAAAAUCUUUCUGGAAUGAGCCAUUUUUUUAGAAUAACCGAAUAUCCUUCUGAGUCAGCAAAGUUGAUUUUCUACAGUGUGAAUAGUAAAAGUUACCUGGUUAUAAAUUUUUGCCUCAUAAGCCAAAGAAAUUUUUUCCCAAAAGCUAGCACGUUAAGUUAUAUAUUGAAUUAUUAUCAGUGGUAGGGUUAUCAGACAUUGCAUUUAAAAAUAUAGAGUUAAAUGUGGAAAUUUAUACUUACAGUAUAUGCAGUAUGCUGUAAUAUUUGGUGGAGAAUGGGGACUUAAUUUUUUCAUGGCGUAACUGUACGUAGCAGCAUGCUCACACCAUUCAGGUUUGGUGGUGGUGGUGAGGGGGGUGUGACCUUCAACAAGAGCUAAGCGCCAGUAACCUGCGAGCAUUCGUUCAGGCUAGAUCAUGUUCUUGAUGGAACCCUGUCGAGUGACUUGGUGUAAGCGCUAAAUGUGUUGGGCUGGGAAAAUCGAGUAUGAAGACGUUGGGCAUGGUUCGCCAAGUGUUCAAGGACGAAAGCUUGUCGCAAACUGCAGUUUUAAGUCGCAAGCUCUCCAAAAAUGGCGGAGAGAUUGUGAAGUGACGAGCCCCGCGCUGGACGUCCGUCGGCGUCAAGAACCGACGACAACAUUCAACGCGUGCGUGAAGUCCUGAAUUCUGACGGUCGGUUACGCGUGCGUAUGGUCGCAGAUGAAAUUGGCAUUGAUAAGAUUUACACUGAAAAUUUGGCGAUGCUAAAGAUCUGCGUGAAACUCGUCCUAAAGGUCUUGACGGAACAACCCCCACCCCCCUCACAGUUCCGACUUGGCACCGGCAGACAUUUUCCUGAAAUCCUUCCUCAAAGGACACCGCCAUGCGACCCUAAGUGCCGUCAAAGAAGCUACCCUUAAGGACCUUCCGCAACCCGCCUACCAGGGAGCCUUCGAGUCGUGGAAAAGCCGCUGGCAAAAGUGUGUCGAUGCUCAAGGGAUGUACUUGAAGAUUUUUGAGGCAUUGUAGCAAUAUCUGAAAUGGCGCAAAUCCAAGUUAAAAUAACAGAUGCUAAGACAGAGUGCAUAGAUGAGCAGCGUUAUAGUUGGUUACCAGGCUCACAGGUCUGUAGUAGGAUACAGUGCUCACCAAGAGAAAUGCAGCCCUACAAGCUUAAAACGAAAUUUUUGCUUUUUCGACACACAUUUUUCACCGUUCCUCAAAAACGGGUUCUAAUAAUGAGUUUUACAACAGGGUCUUACUGUUUGCUGGCUUGAAAUGUGAAAUUAGUGCAAGUAUGAAAUUUUUUGUGCUGUAUCCCAUUUAUCCUAAAUCCUCCGUUCUUAAGCUUUUCCUCUUGAAUAAGUACUUUGUGCUUGAUCUUGAGAUAUUUUGCCACCUCUCGACGGAAGGAAGGAUUCAGAAAGAGGGCGUGAGGUACGCUGCUACCACAGACGAUAGGUUGAGUGCUCAACCCGAUUUCCGGUUAGAGAGUUUAAUCUUGUUUUUUCCGAAGGUUAACUUACAAGUUCAUAAUGCAGGUGUAGGUGACUGAACAAAAUUUGUAUGUCUAAUGUAUAUUGAUUGAUCCAGUUAAUAAAAAAAAAACUGGUUCUAGUUAUCAGUACAAGUAUUGUAAAGAGGAGGAAAAGUUUGAUGCAUUAUUUUUUUGGUUGGGACAUAAUUUUUCUGUUAUUCCAUAAUGCUUUUAAAUAUUUCAUUUUUCAAACAGUCUAGCUUUUGAAUACCAGUCAAAUGUAAGGUUUGUCAAAGACUUAUUACAUCACAGAUGUGGAGAGGAAUUAAAGGCCAUAAUUUGGUUAAAGUAUUUUGCUUAUUGUUUUACAUUAAUCUUUCAAUACUGUUUCAACCUGCCUGCACACAUCCAAUUGUUUGAUGCUUGUCCAGUUGUAGUGUUACAUUGGCAGUUGUAUAAAAUUGGUCAGCUACUGUGUUUGAAGUGUCGAGUAAAAGUGUUAAACUUGAAGGUACAGGUAGUUGUAUUUCUGAAUUUUGUAAUUAAGAAAAAAUUGUAUGCAAAAAUUAUGUAUUUAGUAAACUUAUAAAUGGCAAAGAAUUGUUAUUUCAUCUCAACCUUAUUAAAUUACAAAAAAAUUUACUAAUGCAUUAUGAAAUAAUAUGUACUACCUAUUAUAAAUAACCACCGUGGCAAACAUAUAUUUUUUUGGAAUCAUUGCAUUGUGUGACAACUGCUAACUUAGCGUACAUACUGAAAAAUUUAACAAUCAAGAAAGUUUAAAAUUCACAUUACAUAGCUGCUUGCACAACCUCGCAGUACUCAUUUUAAUGUAUUAUUAGGGCCACCAGCAAGUGUGAUGUAGCGGGGGGAUUCGUUAGCGGAAGUCUUAAAGUUAUUAGGCACCACUAAGUCUAGGUGGCACGGAGCACGGACUCUACUCCCGAGGUGCGACGUCGCCCGUGUUGCGACGUGCUUGGUUUCCCCGUGCACCGGGACCCGGUCCGUUCCAUGUCGC